UAAAUGUGAAGUGAUGGAGGCAGAGGACCGUGAUUCAGUCUGAAGGAGGAGCCUGAAAGAUAGAGAGAGAAGGAGAGAGGGAGAGACAGAGGGGCAGCUUGUCAGUAUUUAUCCUCCUCACGGACUCUUCGGGUGUAAACGCGCGCGGGACGGACGGCAGGAUGGAGCGGAUGGAGUCGAUGGAGCCGAUCGCGGCGAACUACACCACGUCUUACCCGGAGAUCCAGCCCGACAGCGGCUACCAAUCCAAAGAAACCGGCGAGAACAAGGCGAAGACCCCUCCAGCUCCGACAUAUGAUGAGGACUUCGUGCACAAGACCAUCCUGGUCGGGGACAGCGGCGUGGGGAAGACUUCUCUGCUGGUGCAGUUUGAUCAGGGAAAGUUCAUCCCCGGAUCCUUCUCUGCUACAGUGGGCAUCGGAUUCACGAAUAAAGUGGUGACUGUGGAUGGAGUAAAGGUCAGACUACAGAUUUGGGACACGGCGGGACAGGAGAGAUUCAGGAGCGUGACACAUGCAUAUUACAGAGACGCACACGCCCUGCUCCUCCUCUACGACAUCACCAACAAAACCUCUUUUGACAACAUCAGGGCAUGGUUAACAGAGAUCCAUGAGUAUGCACAAAGCGAUGUAGUCAUCAUGUUGCUGGGCAACAAGGCUGACAUGAGCAGUGAGCGAGCGAUCAGGAGAGAUGAAGGAGAGAGGCUGGCCCGGGAGUAUUCAGUUCCUUUCAUGGAGACAAGUGCAAAGACGGGAGUCAACGUAGAUCUGGCCUUCACUGCUGUGUCCAAGGAGCUGAAGCACCGAGCUGUCCAACACCCCAACGAACCCAAGUUCCAGAUCCACGAAUACAUCGAAUCACAGAAGGAGAAGUCAGGCUGCUGCAGCUACUUCUAAAGCUCAUCUCUGAGUCCUCGUCCUCCUCCCACCGCUCCGGGUGUUCAGACUGUCAGAGACACACCGAGAGCUGCUGAGUGGGAGGAAGCCCGAAUAAUUCACUGCUGCUCCCGAAGUAUGACGCUGCCAUUCAUUCAAGACUGCGAGCCAAAAGUAGAUCAAUGAGGGAGAGGCGGAGAGACCAGGAUAGAAAGCCCAUGUCUCUCGUCAGCUGAGAACUGUUUACUUUGGCCUUUGAGCUGACAAAUGAGCAACUGAAUCUAUUUUUAAAAAACAGUAUGAAAAUCAUUUAAAAACAUCCUCUUGCCUUUGAUUUAUUUUCUGGAGUCAGAUGAGAAAAUACGUUCAUGCAUGUCUGUAACACCCCUCAGCACUGUUGAUAGGCGGAUAAAGUCAUAAGUAUCAAUCAUACAACUUUGGAAUUUCAGCAUACUGAAAACAUCAGCUGGCUCUGACUAUUUACAAACAUUUAUAGAUUAAAGUAAUUCAUCCAAUUUUAUUCUGCAUAGCCUGUUUUAUAUCAAAUUAUGCUCCACUUUCCUUCAUUCAAACUAAUGUAACUCCUCAAGGUGAGCUCAGAACAGAUGUAAAGCAUAUCAAUACCAAAGCUAUUCAAAGCAUAAAUAGAUGCAAAGGUGAAGUUCAUGGAGUCAUGCCACUAAAUCUUGUGAAGUCACACACAAGUUUUCUUUUAUGACAUGCAUCAGUUAUUUGUAUAUUUCUGGACUUAACAAGCCCACCCAUAAAUACCUUUGACCCUACUUAAUAUAAAUUCCUGAUGCUGUAUAGACUGUAAACAACAUGGAUGUAGUCUCAGUGAUGUCACUCAUUGGUCCCUGAUUGAACUGAGAUUGGAAAUCAUGAGUCAAACUAACUCCAGAUACAUUUGGAAACCUGAAAUAAGGUUUAGCUGAAGUCGGCUUUUAGCAUCUUGGCAAACAACUUCAACUUGCCCACCUGUCCCUCAAACAAGCCCUAAUUUCGUAUCACUCUUAUGUCGAGUUCACACUGGACGCAGACGUGUGUUAUAUCUUGUUACGCCGAUGACACUCAGAUCUAUUUCUCUGCAUGACCAGAAUAAUCUGAUUCAGCUGUCCUUUCUCUGUGAUGUCUUUUCACUAUUAAAGGGUGGAUGUCUCUCAAUUCCCCUUAUCUGGACCUUAGCAAAACUGAAACCCUUUUUAUUUGACCAGAAAACAUCAUUUAUUCUGGGCUCUGAUGAGGGUUUCUGGAGCCAGUUUCUGGUGGUCACAUGAGGAACUGCAAUUUGCUUCAUUUUCGACACUGGGGGUUGCCGCUAAACUUCCUCAGAUGUGGUCCAUUUGGGAUCAUCCUGCAGAGACUGACUAAAAGAGGCCCAAUUUGAUAACUUUAAGACCUUCAUCAUGAUAAGGUUUCUUCUACAAUCCCUUAUUGCAAUUAUACAAAAGCAGACUGUGUUUGUUUAGGUUCAUAUGGUUUCUGUGAGCCAGAUUUCUGCCCUCUUAAUGAUGUGAAACUGCAAAUCAUGUGGUGUACUACCUAUUCUUGCAGAACUACUUUGCUUUUGGCCUGAGCACAGCGAUAUGCCUGGGAUACACAGCAUGCAUGAGAAGGCUGCGACUUAAUUACAAUGCUCAUCAAAUAGUUGUUAGCAGUAAUGCAAUAAGAGGCUGACUGACAUGAAUGGUUGUCUUUAGAGCCAGCUCAAUUCAAAGAUUCUAUUGUGUAAGGGGAGUCACAUGUUAAGCAUACUAAACCAGACUAACUAGGUCCUAACUGAAGCUUAUGACUUAACACAGACAUGAUAUUAAAUGGAUCUUCUCAUCUAACUCACAUAAAGAAACGUAAAUAGUAUACUCCACAAAACCUUCCACUCAACUUGUUCUUUGAAGAUUUAUAUUGAGUUUUCCCUCUUUGAACACUUUUUGAAACUUUAGUCAUGGAUGUUUGCCUUACAUAAAUCUGAAGGGAAAAUUUUUCCUAUCCUUUAAUUUAAAUCUUAGCUGAUGGGCGUAUGAAGACAAUACAAACACCCCGGUUUGCCAAAGGGAAGGCUAUUAUUCAAACUCCUAACACCCACACAGAGCUGUCAGGAACCAGAAGAAAACACAGUUUGAAGGCAGACUUAUAUAAGUUUGGAUCCGCUUUGAAAAAUCCACGUGGCUGCAACUUUAUGUAUCAUGCAACAAACAACAGCUCCAGGCCAAGGCCACACACUGUGUCAUGGAUGCAAUUCAAAGCCAAGAACAGGGACUAAAGGCCCCGUCUGUCUACAACUCAGUCAGACCGGUUUAUUUGUGGUAUAACUGUUCGGGAUAAGUGGCACAUAUCUGCUCACUGAUUCAAGAAAAGCUCAGGGACACAGCUGGAGAAAAUGUGCUCUGAGCGCCUGGAGGACGACUGAAAGACAACAAUGUUUCUGAGAAUAAAGAGGAGCCAUAUUACAUUACAAAUGUUAACAAGAAAAACGUUUCAGUCACUUCAAAUGUGUCUCUACAGAAGGAUUGCUGCAAAAGGCCAAACAAACGUGAGCUAUGGUACUUGAUGAUCUUGAAAUUUGUUCCUACUCCAAACUAGUGAAAUACACUUGCUUGGUGAACAGUCCUAUGCUUCAAAAUAUCACAACAGAGGUACCCCUCAAGUUUCGGUUUUACAGGUGCAGAGGUUAUGGGUCAAAUUAACAGGAAGUUAAAGGUAUCCAACAGCUAGACUUUCAAAAUACGUCAGCAGAGUUAGAAAUAAUAACUGCAUUCUUGUGCUGGUCCAAGUUCUGGAGAUGGGUUCAAAAGCUUAUGAGGUGCAUUCAUAUGUCUAAUCUUGGUCAGUCCUGUCUGGUCUUGCAAAAAAAAACCUAACAAAACCAGUUCAGUGUUGUCCCCAACUGAUCUUCAGAUAUUGCAGGUUAUACAUACUUUAAAUGUACUCCAGUCCAGAUUAGUGCAAUAAUCAGUCAAACAUGUCAUACUAAUUUACAAGUCGUUGAAAAAGUAGCUGCAAGGAACUUUCUUGCAGCCCCCCUGUAAAAUUCAGAAUAACCCAAAGAUCUUCUUAAAAGGAACUAUGAAUAAUAAUAAUAGUAUUGAUCUUCUUGAAUUAACAUCGUUGUCUUACUAAACAAUAGAUUUCUACAUUUUGGGAAAAUCUGUUAUAACAAAUUCCCUCAUAGGUGGCCAUUUUUGUUUUCACUAUGAUGUCAAGUAGUGUCUCUUAUAUGUUUGCUCCGUUCUUCUAUCCCAAAACUUUCCCUGCAAGAGUAACGUCAGUUGGCGAGCACAAUGUCUUUAAAAAAAAGUUAAUACAAUUUAUUAAUACAGCACGAGGAGACAUAUUUUAUAUCUAUAUGUAGCCUUGUUCAUGUCUAUUUUUAUACAGAUUCAAGGUCAAGGUCUGAUCCUGCACUGUCACGGCAGACCCCCCUCCCCCUCCUCUUCACUGACACUGCAUGACUAAAAAACUCAACAGAACAAAACAAACAUGGAACAACUGCUUGAUGUUACAGUGUGAACAACAAUGGCCACCUACGGUUGAAUAUAUUCUAAAAAUGUUCUCAAAAUCUAGAAAUAUAUUUAGAUUUUUUUAGAGUGUACAUAUGAAAGUUAUGAAUGUGAACCUAAAACAACUCUCAUACACACAAAUUCAAAAGUAGUCAACAUCAGGCCAUUGGUUUAACAGUUAUUUCUCAAAGACUGAUUUCAAAAUCACAACAAAGCAAUUUAAAAAACAGUGUCUUCUUUGAAGCUCAAGAGGAACCCAAAGUGUGAUAUUUUGAAGUGUUGGAACACUAACCGAGCUGAUUCACUUGAAUAUUUUAGAGUAGGAACAGCAGGAUUUGCAGUUGUAUCACUGAUUUAGUCUUUUAUUUAGUAAGUGGCCAUACUGUCUUUGUUAUUGAGUUAACAGACUUUUUACCGACAUGUUGGCUGCACUAUUUUCCUCGUCCCUGACAAACUUUAUUUGCUUUUGUUGCCAAUUGAUGGACUUUAAAGCUCAGCUGCAUGUUUGCUGGUUUGCAUGUACCAAAUCUGUGCUCAGUGCCUCCUGAACAUAAACUCUGUUUAUAUUUGUAUCAAGAUGGAGAUAUAUAUGUGUAUUCAUAGAUUCAGAACUUCCCCUACAAAUUUAAACUCAUGCUCAGGGUUACAUUUCGUUUAAAAAAAGGAGAUUAAGUGUGACCACACUCUCACAUUAAAGCUGCAUUCAUACUCUAUAUUUUAAAAGAACUGUUUUGGCCACAUGGGGGCAGUAGUGCAAGAUGUAAACAUGCACUGACAUAUUAUCACCUGCAGAGAGUUAUAACAAAAGUUGCUCUGUUUAUAACAUCCAGUUUUCUGCCUAUUAAUGGUUCUUUAAGCUCUGUUUUGGUCUCCACCAGAGAAAAAUCAGUCUCUGCAGCAUUUAAAUUCUAAACUUUUGAAGUUUUCAAUUGAAAUUUCAACAUUUCUUGCUCAGUUUUUUUCUUCGAAGAGCUUCAGUGUACUACCUAAUAGUACAGCAUUUCACCUGGGACUGACCUUACUCUGCAUCACAUGAACUGUUGUGGCUAUGACGUGGCAUUUUUUGGACAAGCUUUCAAAGCUGAAAUUUUAAACGUUGUUUAUUAUUCUGAACUCUGAACUUUAACAUAUGCAUAAUUCUAACUUCAAACAGCUGAUUUGGGAUUUUUGGAUUUGUGUUGCUUAGGAAGACAGACCUUGUCGGGUUUUGUUGUAUGCAUAAGAUUUGUUGUCAAUAAGAAAAACAUUUCCCAUUUAGCUACUUCCUUUAUUUCUAAUGAGACUAGUUUUGAUUAGAGAAACGUAUGUGAAAUCAUGGGGUGAAAUUCAUAAUGAAUAUUUAAAUAUUACAAAAACAAAUGAUAAACGCUUUUAUAUAUAUACAUAUACUUUUUUUCAUAGCUAAAAUGACCAAUAAUGUUCUCUUUUCAGGCUCCCAGAUUAUUUUUGGAUCCUUGUAUCAAUGUAAUUGGCCCAUCUAUUCCCGGGUUUCCUUCAGGAUGAAUAAAGCUUAGUUUUAUUUUAGCUGAGGACCAGAAUCUUUUCCCAGUAUUAUCACAGAGUCUUGGUGCAUGAACCAAGCCAAACUGAAAACAAUGCUUUGGUUUAGGCACUGCAACUCUUUGGUAUGGUUUAGACAGAGAUAAAAGUUGAGACUAAAAAGAUGCAUGACCCAGGUUUUUUGCCCAGCAACGUCCUGCAAACCACACUCACAUGGAUAAAAUGCUGUGUUUUAAGGGAUCCCCCAAUCAAAAACUAGUGAAAAAAAGCAAACAUCCUGCAUUUUGUUGAAGGGAACUGCAAAACUUCAUUAUUUUAAAACCAUUUGAACAUUGCUUAGUCAUUUGAUCCAUCAGUAAAAUAAAAUAUGGAGAGAUGCAGCUUUAAGAAACUAUGAUGUCAGAACAAUAGUUCUUUUUAUCAGGUUUUACAAGCAGAGAAAUCCCUGUAGGGCAACAGUAUGCAAUGCUCUUCUGCUAACCUUUCAUAUUAUACAGGGACUAUUUGGAUGCUCUGACUCAGUUUGUACUGUUCAGGUCUGAUACAGUUUAUAAUCUAAAGAUAUUCAGAUUUCGCCCUCUAUGACUAUAUUUUUAACGGUUGUUUGAUGUCAGUCUAUGCUGCAAAAAGUUGUCUUUGAUGUGUUGUAUGCUGCAAAAAAUAAAGUUUUUUUAACC